UUAUUAUGAAACUAUAUGGUAGUGUUGCAUCGAAACGCAAUUAGUAGUUAAUGGAAACACACAUGGCAUUGGCAACUUCAUACAUGACUCUUGCACCUAAAUAUUGCUGCGUUCAGAAACGAUCCUUCAUCGUAACUUCAGGACUUUCCUCCGCCUUCAAGCCGAUCUUAAGAGCGUUGCCUCAAAUUCCGCGGCAAAUUGAUGCUUCCAAAACCUUCACAGACAUCAAAUCGAAAUUUCUUAACGCUGUUGUGGAUUCAGCAUUUGAGUUUGUCGACCAGCUUGUGCUUCCAUCUCAGAAUAACUUUGCUCCGGUGGAGGAAUUAGGGGAACCCGUGGCUAUCACUUAUAUUGAAGGUGACAUACCAGAUCACUUUCCAGAGGGUGUCUUCAUUAGAAAUGGACCAAACCCACUCUUUGGAGGAUUGAAAUCAUCGAAGUCUAUCUUGGGGAGGACAAAUAGCGUUUGGGUGGAAGGAGAAGGAAUGCUUCAUGCUUUAUAUUUCAAAAGGGAAAGUGACAACGGGUGCUGCACCAUCGUCUACAACAACAGAUACGUUGAAACUGAAACAUACAAGCUUGAGAAACAAAGUAUCAAGCCUUUGUUUCUCCCUGCUGUAAAAGGAGAUACAUUCGCCGUUUUGUCUUCUAUGCUUCUUAACGGGCUGAGAUUUGGACAACUGAAUAAAGAUUAUAGCAACACCAAUGUGUUUGAGCAUUCAGGCAAGUUCUACUCGGUUUCGGAGAAUCACAUCCCGCAAGAAAUAGACAUCUUCACACUAAAUACUUUGAAAUACUGGGAUGUCAAUGGAGCAUGGAAUCGUCCUUUCGCCAGUCACCCCAAGAAAGUUCCAGGCACAGGAGAGCUUGUUAUUUUUGGGGUAGAUGCAACUAAACCUUAUCUUGAAAUUGGAAUAGUUUCUGCUGAUGGAAAGGAAUUGGUUCAUAAAGAAGACAUAAAACUAGACAGAUGCUCUUUAUGCCAUGAUAUAGGUAUCACAAGCAGGUAUAUAGUGAUAUUGGAUCUUCCACUGAUUGUAGAUUCAAACAGACUACUUAAAAGAGGCCCAUUAAUCAAGUAUGAGAAGGAGGAAUAUGCCAGGAUUGGGAUAAUGCCACUCUAUGGUGAUGAAAACUCAAUCCAGUGGUUUGAGGUGGAACCUAAUAGCACAUUUCAUAUCAUCAAUUCCUUUGAGGAUGGUCAUGAGGUUGUGUUGUGGGGUUGUAGAGCAUUAGAUUCAAUAAUUCCAGGACCAGAAGAUGGUCUAAAUGAAUCUAAAUUGUUCUCUCGGUGUUAUGAAUGGCGAUUAAACAUGAAAAGUGGGGAGGUUAAGGAAAAAUAUCUCACUGGACCAGAAAAGUUUAUGGAUUUUCCAGUAAUCAAUGCAAGUUUUACAGGAAUAAAGAAUAGAUACGGAUACACCCAAGUGGUUGAUCCCGCUGCAAGUUAUUCUGCAGAUAUUCCUAAAUAUGGAGCUUUAGCGAAGCUAUACUUUGGAGAACCAUGUUCAGAAUUCCCUGUGGGAGAGACACAACAAGAAGAGCUUAUAAGGGUGGAAUACCAUACGUUUGAAAGGAAUGUAUUUUGCACUGGAUCUGCCUUUGUCCCUAAAGAAGGUGGUAUUGAAGAAGAUGAUGGUUGGAUAAUCACUUUUGUUCACAAUGAAGAUACCGGCAUAUCUCAAGUUCAUAUAAUUGACACAAAGAAGUUUUCUGGCGAGGCAGUUGCCAAAAUUACCAUGCCUUUCAGAGUUCCAUAUGGAUUUCACGGAGCUUUCAUGCCAAUCUCCUUUUAGAUGCCGUAGGAUUGUGAUUUGUGUUGUCUGUAUUAAUUUGCAACUCUAGUCACUAAUGUUGAUGGCUGAUGUGUAUCAUGCUAUUAUCUACUUAGUACGGUUAUUUAAAAUAAAUAAAAAAGGGUAAAUUAUAUUUAUUUCUCUUAAA